GCGCCCUGAUACCCUAGACAUGGACUUACUGCGAUCCUAGUGCGAGUCUCCCAAGUCGCGCACUCGUUUGCUCUACCCGCGUCCAUGUUGUUGCACCAGCGGGCUGCUAGUGCUCAACUAAGUACGUACAUGAGCGUCGCGCUAUGUAUUGGAUGCACGACUUAUUACUAUGUCUUCUGCGGGACGGCGCAGCUAGUACUGGCCAUCUUGGGUCAUUCAUGGGGAUGUCUCUUGCUCUCUCGGAGACAUGCAUCGACCUGUAUCGACUAAGAAGCUUGGGAACUCGCCCCUGUCUUGGGUUGCCGCAAGGUACCCUUCUACGUGUAGAUUUGCGCGCUCGGUCCCUUGCUGCUAGGGAUUGCCGGUACAUGCUCCUGGUCCAUCCGCUCAAGCACACAGCAUGGGACCCAGACGAUGGGGUGUGUCCAGCUGUAUGUUGGUUCCGUCACAUCCCAAGUGCGGCGCCACACAGCUCGGACCUAGACACCAGGACUCGAGACAAUCAGUCACUCUGGAGAUAUGAAUAGCGACGCUUCCUCUUCUCUUGCACACCUCCUCCCACUUUUCUGACCACUUCUUCAUUUACCCUUGACUCAGGUACCGAUAUCUACCAGAAAAAGCAACCAAGCAUAGGCAACAUCAUCGCGACGUCUGCCGUUCUUGGUCGUCCAUAAUCAGCCCCGCCGCAUUUCAUUAUUAUACCACGACGC